AUGCACGCGCACCGCCGCGGCCCGCAUAAUAGUAAGAUAAUGGCGUAUCCGGAUGGAAAAGAAAACACUUACGAAUCUAUAGCAAGACACUAUGCUGGUAAAUCAGUUUUCAUCACCGGUGGUACAGGAUUUUUGGGAAAGGUUUUUGUCGAAAAGUUAUUAUACAGCUGUCCAAAAAUUGACAAAAUUUUUCUAUUGAUACGAGACAAAAACAAAACGGACGCUAAUGAAAGAAUUAAGCAGUUAUUGCGCCUACCGUUGUUUGAUAGACUUAGAAAAGAAAGAAGGGAAGAUCUUGAAAAGGUUGUGCCUUUAUCUGGAGAUAUAGCACAGCCUAACCUUGGUAUAAGCCAUGAAGACGAACAAAUGUUAAUAGAAAAGGUAUCCCACGUAUUUCAUUUUGCGGCAAACGUCAAAUUUGAUGAAACAUUGAAAGUGGCUAUGAAUGUAAACGUGGAAGGAACAAGGAGUGUGUUAAAUUUGUGUCAGCGCUUGAAAAAUAUCGAAGUUUUCGUGUACGUAUCUACGGCUUAUUCUAACACAGAUAAACAAGUUCUGGAAGAAAUUAUAUACCCACCUCCUGCUUCAAUUGACGAUGUAUACGGAAUUCUACAACAGGAAGUAAUCAAUGAAGAUCAAGUAAAAAAACUUCUUUGUGGCAGACCUAAUACUUACACCUAUGCUAAAGCAGUUGCGGAAAGCCUCGUAAGUCGAGAACAUGGUGACGUUCCUACAAUAAUCAUCAGACCGUCUAUUGUAUCAGCAAGCUUAUAUGAACCAAUGCCAGGAUGGCUGGAUAACUGGUUCGGUGCAACGGCCCUCAUUGCUACCGUAGCAAAAGGUCUUAAUCGUAUUCUUCUUAGUAGAAGAACUAACGUUUUAGACCUUAUUCCUGUUGACUAUGUAUCCAAUCUCACUGUUGUGGCAGCCGCCAAAUGCAAAAGAUCAGAAGAAGUAACUGUCUACAACAGUUGUACCAGUGAUGCAAAUCCAUUAAAAAUCGGUGAACUUUCGAGGCUUGUUUUUAAAGACAGUGUGGAACAUAAUUUCCAUGAAAUAAUUUUCCCAACAUUGUUAUUUACACAGUCGAAAUGGUUGUUAAACAUUGUAAUAUUAAUCAUGGAAAUGAUACCAGCUUUCAUUGCGGAUUGCUGGCUACGUUUAUCGGGAAAGCAACCCAGGUUCAUGAAGAUGCAGGCAAGAAUAACACGUAUACGUAGUGUUCUACAGUACUUUACUUCCCAUUCCUGGCAAAUGAAGUGUCAUCGCACUCGGGAUCUCUUUGCUUCACUGUCAGUUUCAGAUCGCAUCGAGUUUCCUUUUGAUCCAACGCAUAUUAAAUGGAACGAGUAUAUACCAAUAUAUUGUAAGGGUAUCCGAAAAUUCUUACUCAAAAUUAGAUCAUCAUAA